UGGAAAAAUUCUGUAACAACAAUGGCUCCCCAAAUAGAAGUAUCAACUUGGACCCCUACAUCCAUUUCGUUUGCCGAGAGGCAAGAGAACCGGAUAAAAAGACUGCGGUCACUGCGCUCUGCUAGAAAGCAAGCGAGGAUAAACAACUAUAAAGAAACAGUUGCUGAGGAGGCGAGGAGUAAUCUGCCGCCGAACUCGACGGUCGACGACCAAGCAAAUCGUCAAGGAACAGAGAAAGCAGGAGAAGAACACAGCGGAGUGCAACAAUUGAACAUAUUAUCAGCAGCAGAUGCUGAACGAGUUGAAUGUAAAAAGAGGAAGAGUCCUGAUGAAGGAUUCUCUACAUACGAACAAGCUACCGUGAGUCAAUACAACGGACUGGUUGAAAAUAUUCCCUCCGCAGCUGAUACGGAAGAAAAUGAGACAAAGAAACAGAAGUAUGACGAUGCUUCCGAUGGUGUAUCUAAUGUGCAUGAGGACCGAGAGGAAGCUAUCGACAAAAUGGUCAAUGACCUGUCGGAAGAGCAGAUUGUUAAAAGAGCUCGCUACUCUACAAGGUGUGGGUAUAAUGAUGAUGCAGAUAUCGACUCCAUCAAUGACAAGAAACUAGACACUGGUGACUGGAAUCUGAACAGAUUCUACGGAGAGAAUACAACCAGCACUAAGCAGAACCUGAUUCUGCCAUUUUGCUGUUGGUGUAAACUGCAACAAUAUGCACAGUACCUGUCGCAAAUAUAG